CACAGAGAGAGAGAGAGAGAGAGAGAGAGAGAGCUCUUUACCAGUUGGAUCAGAGAUACAGAGCUAAGGCUUGGUUUUGCCCCAUCUGAUUCAGAGGAGGAGGAAGAAGAAGAAGAAGAAUAUGGACGGGUUUGGUGGUUACUUCGAGGAUGAGAAAGCUGUUCGGGUGGAGACCAUUUUCCUAGACUUCCUCAAGAGCUUUAGACUUGGGAAUUCGGUUGAGCCUUAUUACGAGGCGGAGAUCGAAGCAAUGAAAGCCAGCGAAUCCACCACCAUGUUCAUCGACUUCCAUCACGUCAUGCUCUUCAACAAUCUCCUCCAAAAGGCCAUUUCUGAAGAAUACUUGAGGUUUGAGCCGUAUUUGAAGAACGCCUGCAAGAGGUUUGUGAUGGAACAGAAGCCUACUUUCAUAGCCGACGAUAACCCUAACAAGGAUAUCAAUGUUGCCUUCUUCAACCUCCCUCUCUGUAAGAGAUUGAGGGAGUUAACUACAGCAGAAAUUGGAAAACUAGUAUCAGUGACAGGAGUGGUGACUCGCACGAGCGAGGUUCGACCAGAGCUUCUUCAAGGGACUUUCAAGUGCUUGGUUUGCGGGAACAUCAUAAAAAAUGUUGAGCAACAAUUUAAGUACACUGAGCCAACGAUAUGUGUCAAUGCACUUUGUUUAAAUAGAACAAGGUGGGCAUUGCUUCAGCAAGAAAGCAAAUUUGCAGAUUGGCAGAGGAUAAGAAUGCAAGAGACUUCUAAAGAGAUACCUGCUGGCUCCCUUCCUAGAUCACUGGAUGUUAUUCUUCGCCAUGAAAUUGUGGAACAGGCCAGGGCUGGUGACACGGUCAUUUUCACUGGCACUGUGGUUGUCAUACCGGACAUAUUGGCAUUGGCAUCCCCUGGCGAGAGAGCAGAAUGUCGUCGUGAAGCUCCUCAGCGCAAAGAUUCUGCAGUUGGAAAUGGAGGUGUGAGGGGCCUUCGAGCAUUGGGAGUGAGAGACCUCUCUUAUCGCCUUGCCUUUAUUGCCAAUUCAGUUCAGAUUUCUGAUGGUAGAAGGAAUACUGACAUCAGGAAUAGAAAGAAGGAUGCUGAAGAAGAUGACAACCAGCAGUUCACAGCAGAAGAUCUAGAUGACAUUCAAAGAAUGAGAAAUACUCCUGAUUUCUUCAAUAAACUUGUUGAUAGCAUUGCCCCAACUGUGUUUGGUCACCAAGAUAUCAAGCGAGCAAUCCUGCUUAUGCUCCUGGGUGGCGUCCAUAAGUUUACACAUGAAGGGAUCAAUCUGAGAGGGGACCUCAAUGUCUGUAUUGUUGGAGAUCCCAGCUGCGCUAAGUCUCAGUUCCUCAAGUAUACUGCAGGCAUAGUUCCAAGAUCUGUUUACACAUCUGGAAAAUCCUCAUCUGCAGCUGGGUUGACUGCAACUGUGGCCAAAGAACCAGAAACUGGUGAAUUCUGUAUUGAGGCUGGUGCACUGAUGCUUGCUGACAAUGGCAUUUGUUGUAUUGAUGAAUUUGACAAGAUGGACAUCAGAGAUCAGGUGGCAAUUCACGAAGCCAUGGAACAACAGACGAUAAGCAUUACAAAAGCAGGAAUACAAGCAACACUAAACGCUCGGACAUCAAUUCUUGCUGCUGCCAAUCCCACAGGGGGGCGUUAUGACAAAUCUAAACCACUCAAGUAUAAUGUGGCUCUUCCUCCUGCUAUUCUCUCAAGAUUCGAUUUGGUAUACGUUAUGAUUGAUGACCCAGAUGACCAAACUGACUAUCAUGUUGCUCAUCACAUUGUAAGAGUACAUCAAAAGCGUGAAGAGGCACUCAGCCCUGCCUUCACAACGGCAGAGCUAAAACGUUAUAUUGCAUAUGCAAAGACUCUGAAACCCAAGCUAAACUCAGAAGCCAGGAAACUGUUGGUGGACUCUUAUGUUGCUCUCCGAAGAGGUGAUACAGCUCCUGGUAGUAGAGUUGCUUAUCGCAUGACAGUUAGGCAGCUGGAGGCACUGAUAAGGCUGUCAGAAGCGAUUGCCCGAUGUUAUUUGGAAACUCAGGUACAACCACGUCAUGUUCGUUUGGCAGUGAGAUUGCUAAAAACAUCCAUAAUCAGUGUGGAGUCUAGUGAGAUUGAUCUGUCAGAGUUUCAAGAAGUUCAUGAUGAUGGUAAUGGUGGUGAUGGAAAUGAUGGCACUGGCCAAGAUGAUGCUCAACCAAGCAACUCUGCAGCUGAGCCAGCUUCUGGGAACACCGAAAGUGGAGAAGGUACUGGAAAUCGCCAAGGGAAGAAGCUUGUGAUUACUGACGAGUAUUUUCAGAGGGUUACCCAAGCUCUAGUCAUGCGCCUUAGACAGCAUGAAGAAGCUGUAACACAAGAAGGGACUGGAUUGGCUGGAAUGAGGCAAAGGGACUUGAUCCAAUGGUAUGUUGCACAGCAGAAUGAAAAGAAUAACUACAGCUCUAUGGAGGAAGCAGCAAAUGAAGUAUCCAAGAUUAAAGCUAUCAUCGAGAGUUUGAUACGAAGGGAAGGCCAUUUGAUAGUGGUAGAUGACGGUAGGCAAGCUGCAGAGGGCGAAGCUGCAGAGCAGCCAUCAUCUGUAUCUAGAAAUGACAGAAUUUUAGUUGUUGCUCCAAAUUAUGUCAUAGACUGAGUCAGCAAAUUUUUUAAAAGCAGUAACCAGCUCAUCUAGUACUCAAAAGUUAGCCUUCUGUACUGCAGCAAAUUCACCUUUCCGUUACGAUCGGUGGAUCCAUUACUGCUUAGGUUCCAUCAACAGCCCAGCACGGGUCUCGGCCAGCCAUUAUACUAACGAAGGGAAGAAUGGUUGCCUGAGCGAGUGCUUGGUGUACAAUGUUAGAUGUAUGUUAUUCAAAAUACUGGUGUUUCAACGGUUUGUUGCUGCUACUGGUGCAA